AUGAUGAUAACAGCAUCGAGUGUGAGAGGAUAGCCCGCACUCCAACUGCCCAGACAUGGCGCUUGCCCUCGCCUCCCCAAUGGCGUCCCUCUCGCUCCACUCCGGGAGGAUCUCGGCGCUGGCUAUCGGCGGCGGUCUCCGCCCCCACAAGGCGGGCCCUAUGGGGGCCUCCGCAUCCCCGUUUCUCCGGAGCUCAUUCAUCUCCUCUUCCUCCACCUCCUCCGCCCCCACCUCCUCGCUCUCGGCUGCGGUCUCGGCGUCGCUCGCCUUCACGUCCGCCUCCUCGUUCGGCGGUUCAUCUUUGGGAAUUGAGUUCAGCUACAACAGAUUAACAACACGCAGACCCCGCGGUCUACAGAUUAGGGCUGGAAAGGCUGCCCUCUGCCUGACCAAGAGGUCAAGAUCUAGGAAGUCACUUGCCCGUGUGCAUGGUUUCCGAAAGCGGAUGCGGACUACUGCUGGAAGAAAGGUUCUGAAGCGUAGACGUGACAGAGGAAGGAAGAUUCUCUGCACAAAGUCGAACUCACCCACUGGGACAAAGUAUUGAUUACAGUGUAAUGUGAGGCAUUAUGUAUUCCAGCUGUAAGUUUACUCUUUUUGCACCCCAUGUUCUCAGCCAUGUUCAUCUGUAACAAUUGCUGCACAUCUUUUCCCUGUACUUUGGUUAAUAACUUGAUAUCUGAACUAAAUUCCGACACUCGUGUAAUUUAUCCUUUUUGGUUGUGGCAGUCUUUAAUGCUAUGUUGUUUUGUGAGAUUA